GCUAUGGUGGCCGUAGUCCCUGCUGCACGAGCAAUGGUGCUGCUGUCCUGGUUCCUGUUGCUGGGCCUUCCUGGCGCAUCACAAGCCCAGACCUUCUCCUUCCCUUUUCGGCAUCCGGAGGGUUGCAGCCACGACCAGUACUUUGAUAUCUCCUCGCUCUCCUGCGUCCCCUGUGGAGCUCACCAGAGGAGGGAUUCCAGAGGAACUUCAUGUGUAUGUCUACCAGGAUUUCAAAUGAUCGCUAAUACUGGAGGACCUGGUAUUUCUUGUAAGAAGUGCCCAGAAAAUAUGAAAGGUGUAACUAAAGAUGGCUGGAACUGCAUCACUUGCCCUGGUGAUGUAACACCUGAAGGAAGAUGCCGCUGUCCCACUGGGCAUAUUUUAGUCGAAAGAAAUGUAGAUGGAACAUUGUUGUCUCAAGCGGUUUGUAAGUUCUGUAAUGGCAGUGAGGACUCUUUUACCACAGCAGAUGUCCUAGAAAAUAGGUGUGUUCGAUGUGAACCAACAUUUAUCAAUGCCACUGGGUCGUGUGCGUGUUCAGAGCCCAACAUUUUGACAGGGGGAUUAUGCAUUUCCAACACGGGCCAGUUUCCUCUGCGUAGAAUUUCUGCUGUUCGUUAUGGGGAAUUUGGUGUGUCUUUCAUAUCAGAAUGGUUUGUGAAAUAUUUGCAAUCUUCAGCAGCUGCUUGUUGGUUGCACGCUAAUCUAACAUCGUGCCAGGCCCUCGGAAAUAUGUGUGUGAUGAAUAUGAAUUUCUAUUACGACUCUACUAUUUUUGAUGCCUGUCGACUGUUUCAGCUUGUGUUUGAAAAUAUGGCUGGACUGCACACUGUUCAUUCCAUUUCAUUUUGGAGACAGAAUCUUCCAUGGCUGUACUAUGGAGACCUGCUAGGAUUAGCUCCCCAAGUACUCAGUACUACUUCUCUUCCUACAAAUUUCAGUUUUAAAGGAGAGAACCAGAAUACAAAGCUGACAUUCGUUGCUGCUUCUUAUGAUGUCAGAGGAAAUUUUCUAAAGUGGCAGACUUUAGAAGGAGGCAUUUUACAGCUUUGUCCAGACACAGAGACAAGACUAAACGCUGCAUAUUCGUUUGGAACAACCUAUCAACAAACUUGUGAUAUUCCAGUCUCUAAGAUCUUAGCCGACUUUCCCACUCCAAUAUUUUAUGAUGUAUACUUUGAAUAUACGGAUGAAAAUGAACACCGCUAUAUUUGGGCUAUACCCGUGUUAAACCUAAAUCUUCAGCACCAUAAAAUGUUUGUGAACAAAGACAGUAACUCUGACAAGUGGCUUCUGACUCGACGCAUUUUCUUGGUGGAUGCGCUAAGUGGAAAAGAAAAUGACUUAGGAAGUCAGCCAAGAGUAAUUCGAAUUGCUACCCAAAUAUCGGUGAGCAUACACCUUGUACCUAACACAAAAACUGGAAACAUCUACCCUCCUUUAAUUACUAUAGCAUACAGUGACAUUGAUAUCAGAGAUUCCAAAAGCCAGUCUGUGAAGGUUUCUUUCUCAGUCAAAUAUGAAAUGAACCAAAGAGAAGCAUAUGUCCAGACAGAUAUUGCUCUGGGUGUGCUGGGGGGACUGGCUGUCUUGUUAUCACUUUUGAGGACAGCAGGGUGGAAGAGGCGCAUUGGGAGUCCCAUGAUUGAUUUACAGACCUUCAUGAAAUUCUUGAUAUACUAUGCUGGUGAUCUAGCCAAUGUUUUCUUCAUCAUUACAGUGGGAACAGGUCUCUAUUGGCUGAUUUUCUUCAAAGCCCAGAAGUCUGUCUCAGUUUUGCUCCCAGUACCAGAGCAGGAAGAGCGUUUUGUCACUUACGUGGGAUGUGCUUUUGCCCUUAAGGCUCUGCAGUUUUUGCAUAAGCUAGUAUCCCAGAUUACCAUAGAUAUUUUCUUCAUUGAUUGGGAGCGACCUAAAGGAAAGAUACUUCGAGCUAUUGAAGGUGAGGGUGGUGUCCGGAGUUCAGCCGUCCCUGUGAGCAUAUGGAGGACGUAUUUUGUCGCAAACGAAUGGAAUGAAAUUCAGGCUGUGAGAAAAAUUAACCCACUUUUCCAAGUAGUUUCUGUUCUCUUCUUUUUGGAGGUUGUGGGAUUCAAGAACUUGGCACUGAUGGACCCAUCCUCUAGUCUUUCCAGAAACCCAGUUAGCUACAUCGCUCCUUACAGCCGCAUUCUGAGAUAUGCAGUAUCAGCUGCCCUUUGGCUCACCAUUGGAUUUAUACAAAUUGUGUUCUUUGCUGUUUUUUAUGAGAGAUUUAUAGAAGACAAAAUUCGACAAUUUGUUGAUUUGUGCAGUAUGAGCAAUAUAUCAGUGUUUCUAUUAUCGCACAAAUGUUUUGGAUAUUAUAUUCAUGGCAGAUCAGUGCAUGGGCACGCAGAUACUAAUAUGGAAGAAAUGAAUAUGAAUCUUAAAAGAGAAGCGGAAAAUCUGUGUAGCCAAAGAGGUUUGGUACCUAACACAGAUGGCCAGACUUUUCAGAUUGCAAUUUCUAGUCAGAUGAGACAGCACUAUGACAGAAUUCAUGAGACACUAACAAGGAAAAAUGGCCCUGCUAGACUAUUGAGUUCAUCAUCAAAUACUUUUGACCAGAGUGUCAAAGCAUAUCAUACAAUGAAUAAAUUUCUUGGCUCUUUCAUUGAUCAUGUUCAUAAGGAAAUGGACUACUUUAUAAAAGAUAAGUUGCUUCUUGAAAGAAUUCUUGGAAUUGAAUUCAUGGAACCAGUGGAAAAAAGCAUCUUUUACAAUGAUGAAAAUUAUUCAUUCAAUAAUGUUCUGUAUUAUGGAAAUGAAGCCAUUCUUCUUAUUUUUGAUCUGCUGUUCUUCUGUGUUGUGGAUCUGGCUUGCCAGAAUUUUAUUUUAGCAGCCUGCCUUACAUACCUACAACAGGAGAUUUUUAGAUUCAUUCGGAAUACAGUAGGACAGAAGAAUUUGGCAUCCAAAACAUUGGUAGACCAAAGAUUUCUUAUUUAAUUCAUUAAGUAGAUAGCUCAGAGACUCAAUAUAAUUAUGACAAAAGUUACGUCUCAUAGGUCAGUUUGCCAUUUUUUUAAAAUUGUUUUUUAAUCUAAAGAUUUAUUUUUAUAGCUUUUAUAACACAUCCCCUGUGUAUAUAUAAUGUAUAGAAUAGAAAAUGUAAUUUUUCUGUUAUGUAUAGUAUUUAAUUUACUAUCUUAUGGAUAGCAUUGACAUGGGAGCAAAAGAAUCUUAAAUGUUUCUUUCAACAGAACUCCUUUUAGGAUAAUCAAA